AUGCCGUAUGGGGAAAGACAACCGGACAACCGGACAUCACUAAGGGAGCUCCUGCUGCUGGGACUAGGAAACGUCCCUGAACACCAGACACCACUUCUCCUCCUCACACUCAUGAUUUACUCUGUGACUGUGGUUGGGAAUGUCCUCAUCGUCGUGCUGGUGGUGGCAGACCAGCAUCUGCACACCCCCAUGUACUUCUUCCUCGGAAACCUGUCCUCCUUGGAGACCUGCUACAGCUCCACCAUCCUACCCCGGCUACUGGCCAGCUUCCUGACUGGGGACAGGACCAUCUCUGCUCACGGCUGUAUAGCCGAGUUCUACUUCUUCGGUUCCUUCGCGGCUACUGAGUGUUACCUGCUGGCAGCCAUGUCCUACGAUCGGUACUUGGCCAUAUGCCAGCCCCUGCUCUAUGCAAGCCUCAUGCCCUGGAGAGUGUGUCUUGGGAUGGCAGCUACGUCCUGGCUCGGGGGUUCGCUAGUAUCUGCCGUAGUCACAUUCCUCUUAUCCCAGUUGCAGUUCUGCGGCCCCGGGGUGAUUGAUCACUUCUUCUGCGACUUCACCCCGUUGCUGGAGCUCUCCUGCAGUGACACCGGCGUGGUCGCACUCACAACUUUCGUCCUGUCUUUUCCAAGCAUCGUCUUCCCCUUUCUGUUCACGCUGGCCUCCUACGUGUGUGUUAUAGCUGCCAUCCUGAGGAUCCCCUCCAGCGUGGGCAGGCAGAAGGCCUUCUCCACCUGCUCCUCUCACCUCACCGUCGUCACCGUUUUCUACGGUACUCUCAUCGCUGUCUACGUGCUGCCCAGAACAGCCCCGCUGAGGCAGCUCAACAAAGUGUUCUCUUUUUUCUACACCAUCUUCACGCCCCUGCUCAACCCCCUCAUCUACAGCCUGCGGAACAGGGAGGUCAGGGAGUCCCUGAAGAAAGCCCUCGGGAAAGUCAUGGCCUGCACCCAGCGAUCACGCUAG